UAUUAUUAAGGGACAAGUCACAAAACUAGUUUAUUUAUUACAUCGAGGCAUUUCCUCUACUGACAUAUGUUCAUGCAGUACGGCCUUUUGAAUGUUAAGAAAAGGGAAUUAUGGGUAAUUGUGGAUGGCCAGGGCUUAUCAGAGUUGAAUCAAUGAACCAGAUUCAUUCCUAUUAUUAUUAUUUAUUUAUUUAUAUUUCAUUGUGGAUAUAACAGGACUUUCUGUCAUCAAACCCAGAGCUGUGACACAUUGGUUAGUGCACACGCUCGUGAUGCAUAGAUUCUAUUGGUUCACAGUCACAGAGGGUUUGACUAAUUUCAUGACCUCAUUACCCCUCAUUACAAUAGUUUCAUGUCUGUCUUCACCUGAAAAGGCUGCUAUACAGUAGUUGGUUAAUUAGAUGUAAAAAAUUAAUUAAAUAGCAAUACAUUAUGCAAAUAGUUUGAUGACGUCAUCAUUGUUGGUUGUAUUUAGAAAGUCAAAUAUUUAACGAUGUUAAUGGGUGAUUUUCACAUUUUUAUUUAAUAAAAAGUCAAAUUUAUUAAAAUGAAAAAUAGGUAGCAUAACUAAGAGUACAGUAAAAUAUAAACUGUAAAAAUGUGUAUAUGCAUCUGAUUUACAGAACUGCAUUAGUAGAAAUUGUUUUCUGAUUUGCCUUUUCAGCUUUAUGUCAUAAAGUGGAAAAAUUAUAAAGUGAUGAAAUGUAUAAACAAUUUAAAGUAAUUAUAAGGAUUAUCUGGCUAUGGGAAACCAGAUGAAGAAUCUUUUAUAAGAUCAAUUAAGUACCUUUAUUUUCAAAGUGGCAGCUGUGACUUUUUAUAACAAUUUAAUGUUAUGUUGCGUACACACCAAAUGCGAAACAUCGCGUUUCUCCCUUAAGGUUACUUGACGGAUGUAAUUUCGUGGCAUGCUAAUUUUUCGUUUAAGUUGAAUGUUUUCAACUUGCGCAAAGACGCAUUUGAGGCAAUCGCAUCUCAGAUUUGCGUCAUCCGCAUCGCCCCAUGCGAGUUCGCAUUUAUUCGUGUGUUUGCAUUGACGAUGUAAUCUAUGAGCGCAAAUUGUGUAAAUGCCCCAUAACAAUGCAUACAUACCAAAUGCAAAGCAUCACAUUAAUUGUUCUAGAUUACUCACGGGAUUUAACUUCAUGUCAUGAAAAAUUUUCACGCUUGUGUUAAAUACUUUCAACUUGCGCGAAGACACGUUUGAGGCUAAUAUCACGUGUUUUUGCGGCAAUUGCAUCGCCCAAUUUGCGCAAUUGCAUCACCCCACGCCAGUUUGCGUCUAUUCUUGUCUUUGCAUUGACUUUGUAUGUAAUUUACUCACGCAAAUCGUUGAAAUCGCCUUUGGCGUGUACACCCCAUAAUACUGCAUACACACCAAAUGCGAAGCAUAGAGUUGACUAUGUAAUCUAUGAGCGCAAAUUGUGUAAACGCCCCAUAAUACCGCAUAAACACCAAAUGUGAAGCAUCACGUUCAUCGCUCUGGAUUACUCACGGGAUUUAACUUCAUGUCAUGUGAAUUUUUUGCUUGAGUUGAAUAUUUUUAACUUGUGCGAAGACACGUAUGUGGCGAAUAUCAAGUGUUUUCGCAGCAAUUGCUACGCCCAAUUCACGUCAUUCGCAUUGCCUCAUGCGAGUUUGCGUCUAUUCGUGUCUUUGCAUUGACUAUGUAAUCUAUAAGCGCAAAUUGUGUAAACGCCCCAUAAUACCGCAUAAACACCAAAUGUGAAGCAUCACGUUCAUCGCUCUGGAUUACUCACAGGAUUUAACUUCAUGUCAUGCGAAUUUUUCGCCUGAGUAAAAUUUUUUCAACUCAAAAAAACGCGUUUGAGGCGAAUAGCGCACGUUUUUGCGGCAAUCGCGGCACUCAAUUUGCGUCAUUCGCAUUGUCCUUGUGGCAGUUAGCAUCUAUUUGUGUCUUUGCAUUGACUUUGUAUGUAAUCUACUACCGCAAUUUGUGUGCACGCCUCAUAAUACUGCAUACACACCAAAUGCGAAGCAUGGCGUUUCUCGCUCUAGAUUACUUGCGGGAUUUAACUUCAUGUCAUGCGAAUUUUUGAGUUAAAUAUUUUCAACUUGCACAAAGACGCGUUUGAGGUGAACAUCACGUGUUUUCGCUGCAAUUGCAUCGCCCCGUUUGUGUCAUUAGCUUCGCCCCAUGCCAAUUUGUGUCUAUUCGUGUGUCUUUGCAUUGACUUUGUAUGUAAUCUACUCACGCAAAUCAUUGAAAUCGCCUUUGGUGUGUGCGCCCCAUAAUACUGCAUACACACCAAAUGCGAAGCAUAGCAUUCCUUGCCUGAGAUUACUUGCGGGAUUUAACUUCAUGUCAUGAGAAUUUUUGAGUUGAAUAUUUUCAACUUGCACAAAGACGCGUUUGAGGUGAAUAUCACAUGUUUUCGUGGCAAUUGCAUAGCCCAAUUCCCGUCGUUCGCAUCGCCCCAUGCCAGUUUGCGUCUAUUCGUGUCUUUGCAUUGACUUUGUAUGUAAUCUACUCACGCAAAUUGUGAAUUCACGUUGGUGUGUACGCCCGAUAAUACUGCAUACACACUAAAUGCAAAGCAUAGCGUUCCUAGCCCUAGAUUACUCACGGGAUUUAAGUUCAUGUCAUUUGAAUUUUUUGCUUGAUUUGAAUAUUUUCAACUUAAGCGAAGAGGCAAAUAUAACGAGGCAAAUAUAACGUGUUUUUGUGGCAAUUGCAUCGCCCUAUUCACGUCAUUCGCAUCGCCCCAUUUCAGUUAACUUUGUAUGUAAUCUACUUGCGCAAAUUUUUGAAUUCGCGUUUGGUGUGUACGCCCUAUUAAUCUUUUCCUCUGGAUGGUAUAUGAAGUGCAUAAGGAAGUAACAGUGGUGUAAAAAUCACUGUGAAAUGCACAGAAAGCCAUUGUUUGAUCAUCAGUUCCAUAAUAUUUAUUCACUUAGUUUGUUUGUUCGUCUGUGCUGCUAGGUGAAAAUAAGCUUUAACAAAUAUUUAUUAUUUGAAUCAAAUAAAUGUUCACAUUCCUUGUGGACAUAAGUUGGAAAAUAAAUAUGGUCUUCAUUAAUGUAAACGGUGUAUUAAUUUCGAGUUGACAAUGCUUAUCGUUCAUCUUGCUAAAGGUUCUGGGUGGAUGUAAACAGGUGAGAUUCCACCCUGCACUGGAAUAACCUGUUUUCCUAUUUUAGGUAGUAGGAGCGGCUUAAAUACAAAACACAUCAAUACUACAGAAGUCUGGAUUUUUUGACAUAUUGUCGAACGUCGUUCAUGGAAUAGACUGAAAGUGUUUGUUUUUCACAUAUGGAAAUAUCUCUUUGAGUUGACAAACGUUCUGUUUACACACAUUGUCAGCAUGCUGCUGGUAUGUAAAGCGCAUAAGCUGUCCUCAAGAAGAUUUUGUUUAGCAGGAACUAGAUUACUAAAAACUGGAAAGAUGCAGGAAUCAUUUUCAGUUUCCCUUUUAUGAGGGUUUGACGACGCAAUGAACUGGUUUAUAACCUGCUGCUUCACAUUUCUCCACCUAUGCCCGAUGCCAUUUAAAGCAAUGCUCCUUCCUCCAAUCAACCUGACUGUGGAAAUCUUGGAUUUGAUGGCUACCGUUCAAUGGCUUCCUGCACCAGGAAACCCUUCUGGCACCACAUAUACCUUGGAGUUUACACCUGUAGAAGCAUGUACUGUACAUUAAAUGCCCGUAUUUAAAACAUCAGUAGCCUAAUUGGUUACUUUGUGGUGUAUUGUCACACUUCAAAUAGAUUUUCUGUGGUUAAUAGUAUUCACAAUGAUGAUUCAAAAAUGAAUUAUUUGUGUAGAUCUGUAAGAAAAUGGAAUCAUUCUGCAAACUGCGGUAACAUAUCCACGCUGAAGUGUGACCUGACCUUUGACCAACAACCUGAUGAAUUCUCAAAAUUCUUUGUGAGGGUCAAGACCAUGCUUAACCGGACAAGCUCCAACUGGACAACUACAUUAAAGACUUUUCAGCUAUAUGACACUCGUCUGAGUUCCCCGGAGGUAAACAUUUCAACUAAUCAGCAGAAUAUUACCAUCAAUUUCAGUCAUAGGCUGGAAUUAAAACGGGAAAUCAAACCCCUGGAGUUCCUCCUAUAUCUUUUUGAGAACGAUCCUGCAGGAAAAUUUAAGUGUGUAGGACAGAAAUCAACCUCAACAUCUCCCUACACUUUUCAUGACGUGCCUCCUGGCAACUACUGCAUUAAUGUUUCUGCUAGUCAUCAAAUGGCCAUGCGUGAAAACAACUACAAUACAACCAAGUGCUUCUUUCUCACAGACUCUUCUGAACGCUCUUCAGGUGGAUUGGUGUACAUUGUGACUGUAGUGUUCUUUAUUGCAGUUACUUUGAGUUGUCUUUGUGUUUACAAGAGAUAUAGAUAUAAAUAUAUAAUAAAGGAUCUCCGGAUUCCAGAAGCUUUGCGUGUCAUCCCAGGAACUAAAAGAGUCCUAAAAUUUGGUCUGGAGAAUCUCCAUCAAAUUACACAGACUAAGUCGAAUGAUCUCACAAGCACCGAGGACUGUGUUUCUGCAUCUGAGGAGGACAAUACUCUGUUAUAUCAUCCGAGGAAGUCUGCAAAUGUUAUUCUUAAUCUAUCAUCCGUCGAUGAGCAAAAAGCUGUUGUUCACCAACCAAAACCUUAUGAGGAUGCCGAAACAUUGAAUCCGUGUUUAUUAAACUACAAGGAAGCUGCUAAUAUGGAUGUGAGUGAAGAAAACAUAUCUGAAAUUGGCAAUGGUUAUAUGCAUUCAGGAGCCACUGUCAGGAGCCUAUGUCCUACCUCAAACCUUUUACCGUUUACUGAAUCUGAAACACCACACAUAAGCACUGUGAAUAUAAUGCUGGAUAGAGAUUGUCUAUCAGAGAGACAGUGUGAGGUGUCUUCUCUACUGUCUGACAAUAGCCAUGAAAGUGUGGCGUCUGAUGAAGAAGACAAUGUCCCAUGGGAUGAUUUUUUCACAGGUGAUGGCUAUGAGCCGAGGCCUGAUCCAAGGACUUGAUGUGAACCAGUCAAGUCAACCCUUGAAGUGCUCUUAAAAAUAAAAAUGCUACAUGAGGGCAAAGAAGAACCAUUUUUUAAAGGAUUACGCCACUUUUAUAAAAAAUUCCGAUAUUUACUCAUCCCCGUGUCAUUCAAGAUGUUUAUGUCGUUCUUUGUUAAGUCGAGAAGAAAUUACGUUUUUUAAAGAAAACAUUCCAGGAUUUUUUUCCAUAUAGUGGACUUUAGUGGAAGUUUUAAUGCAGCUUUAAACAGCUCUGAACGAUCCCAACCGAGGCAUAAGGGUCUUAUCUAGCGAAACAAUUGUCAUUUUCGCCAAAAAUAUGUUCAAUUCACUAAAUUUUUUAAGGUAAGUGGUCGCAAUCAAUUUAUUUAAGCUACAUUUUGAAAAAAAUUGAAAAACAAAACAAAAAACUUAAAUGUAGCUUUAAAUGUACUUUUAAUGUAGCUUAAAUCAGUGGUUCUCAAACGGGGGGCCGCAAGAUGGUGCCAGGGGGGCCCCAGUUUUAUGACAUUUCAUAAAACACAUUAAUUUAUUAUGAAUUCUGUGUAAUUAAACCUAAAAAAAAAGGCUACUAACCAACAGCACUACUUUGUAUAAUUUAAUAUGUUUUGUCUUAUUAAAUGUUAUGUUUUAGAACAAAUUUGUUAUAAAAAAAUUUGGGGGGCCGCGAAGGGGGGCCACCAUAUACAAGGGGGGCCACACGCUGAAAAAUAAAUAAAUUGAUUGCAACCACUUACCUUAAAAAAAUUAGUAAAUUGAAUGAAUCAUGUUUUUCAGUGUACUUUAAACCACAACUUCUCGUCUUGCAUUAGCUUCACAUUGUAUAUAAGGCACACUUAUUGCAUUCAUACCAUGAACUCAACAUUAUGAGAAUAUGUGAGAAUAUUUUCAUGUUAAAUUGUUAGUAUGGUCAUAUACUUUUAAUAUAACGAACUACACAUUUAAUUACAGAUUUUUUAUUGUAAAUUUAGAUCAGUGGUUCCCAAACUUUGUCAGCGUGCGGCCCCCCGAAAGAAAAUUUAUGACAAAAACAGUUUUAAAAUGUAAUAUUUUAAUUAAACAAAACAUAUAAAAUUAUACCUAGUGCUGUUGGUUAGUUGUCUUAUUAUUUUUUAGGUUUAAUUAUACAGAAUUCAUGAAUGUAUUUUAUAAAAUGUCAUAAAACCGGGGCCCCCCUGGCACCAUCUCACGGCCCCCAGUUUGAAAACCACUGAUUUAGAUGAAUUUGUAUGUAAUUCAAGAAAGCAGAAAAAACAGUACUGUAAAAAUAGGCUAUUCGUAUGUAUUAAUCAUGUUGGUACAAUAAUGCUGAAAUUUGUAAAUAAACACAUUUUUAUAGGCCUAAUCAUGUAACAUAGACAUAGGCCUGUCAUAGACGUCCAAAAAAUUACUCAGUUCAAACGUCAAAUGUUGCCCGUAAAUAUGACGCCCAAGUAGGGUCAUGGUUGGACGUCCAAAUAGUGGACCUAGUUUGGACGUCGAAUAGAUGUCCAGAAUUGGUCAUGGACCCAAUAUAGACAUGAUCUGCAUGUCUAUCCGACGUCCUGUGUUUAGUGGGGUGUGAUGUGCCUUACAUACACUGAAUAAAAUGAUUCAUUUAAUUUGCUAAUUUUUAAAGUAAGUGGUUGCAAUCAAUGUAUUUAAGCUACAUUUAAACAAAAGUUUUUUGUUUUGUUUUGUUUUUUUAGUUUUGUUUUUUUAGUUUGCUAGUUCAAGACGAGAAGUUGUGGUUUCAAAGUACUUUUUUAGUGAAAAUUAUGAUCGUUUCACAUCCUUAUGCCUCGGAUGGGAUCGUUUAGAGAUCUUUGAAGCUGCGGUAAAACUGUAAACUGUUGAGUUCCACUAUAUGGAGAAAAAUCCUGGUAUGUUUUCCUCAAAAAACUUAAUUUCUUCUCGACUAAACCAAGAAAGAAAGACAUGAACAUCUUGGAUGACAUGGGGGUGAAUAAAUUAUCUGCAUAUUUUUAUAAAAAUGUUAAUAUUUCUUUAAAGGGACACUCCAUUUUUUUCCAGAUACUUGAGUUAGCUGUGUUUUAUUUUUUUACAUAUCUUUGGAUCUUGUUGUAUUAUAAAAUCCAGUAUUAUUAACUGUAUAUGCCAGACACUUUGAUGACAGACUCUGGGUGCUACAUGAAGCAGCUUAACCUGGAAGUUUGCCAAUUUACUGCGGCUACUCGUCUACUCUAUUGAAUAUCAUAUUUAAGUAUCAGUAAUAAAACUGUGCUUGCUCAUACUUUGUGUGUGUAAUGUAUGCUGAUGCAUACACGUAUGCAAAUACAGGCAAGGUCAGGUAUAUUACUAAUACAAAUGUUUUUAGUGUCUGACACUGGUAAUUUAGUCUUUUUUGGGUUGGACUGUAGUCAUUUCCUUCAGACAAGGAAAAAAUGCAUUUGACAGGGAUAUUGUCAAACCUUAAAUUUAUUUUUGUCUGUUGUUUACUGAGAAAUGAGGCCAUACUAAUAUCAUGUAAUGUAAAACGACAACUGUAUCUUUAUAUGCAUGUUAUGCACUUUAAGUUGCUUUGGAUAAAAGUGUGAUACAAAUGCAUAAUGUAAACCCAAAUUGUGAAGUAUUUAAAUCUUGUAAUCAGUAUAACAUAAACUGGAUUGCACGUAAUGCUGCCUAACACAGCAGGCACACAGGUGAAUUAAGUCGGAUGGCAGACAUCUGAUUUAAAGAUUGUAAUGACAUCACUAGUGUAGGGUACUGUGUUUGCUUGCAACUUGCAUCUUGAAGUGCACUAAAUUUAUUAAACAUGUACUGCUAAUUUUUUAUGUCAUCUCCUUUCCUGUAUGUAUGUGAAAAUGUUUAUGUACAUGUACAUAAUGGUAUCUGUAAAACACUUUGUUUU